AUGCUGUCGCCCCUGACGCCGGCGCCCGAGGGGCUCCUGCAGCCGUCGAGCGCCAGCAGCACAAGCAUCGACAUGAAGUACGUCCUGUCCUCCGACAGCGGGCGCCUGCACAAGAAGAAGAGCAAGCGCAGCGGCGCCGACGUCUUCCGCUCGUGCUCGGCCUUCCCCGAGUACUUCGCGCGCGUGGUGGACUACCGGCAGAUGGACCUGGACGCCACGUUCUACCAGAUGGUGACGCUCUGCGUGCAGCCCGCCAAGGUCUACAAGAGCGCGUACUACCGCAAGCAGACCAAGAACCGCUGGGCGCGGGACGACCCGGCCUUCGCCGUCAUCCAGUUCGCCUUCCUGCUGGUCGCCACCGUCGCCUGGGCCAUCGCCUUCCGCGUGGACAGCGCCGCCAAGUACGCGUCGCUGCUGUUCCACGCGGUGGUGGUCGAGUGGAUCGGCUUCGGCCUCGUCAUCUCCACGCUCUGCUGGUGGAUCGCCAACCACCACCUACGGCAGAGGAACAGCCAUGGCAUGGGAGACGCGCUGUAUGUGGAGCAGCGAGUGGAGUGGCAGUUCGCAUUCGACAUCCACUGCAACUCGUUCUUCAUCAUGUUCCUGUUCCUCUAUGUGUUGCAGUUCCUGUUGGCUCCGAUGUUGGCGUCGCACUCGUUCGUGAGUCUGCUGUUCGGCAACCUGCUGUACUCGCUUGGUUGGGGAUUCUACAUGUACAUCACCUUCCUCGGAUAUAUGGCGCUUCCGUUCUUGCACCGGACGGAGCAGCUGCUGCUGCCGCUCAUCUUGAUUCUCGCGCUGUUCGUGUCGACACUGGUGCUGCAGGGCGUCUUCGGAGCGCAGAUCAACUUCGCGCACAUAUCGACACACUAUUAUUAUGCUCCGUAG